AUGCUUUUUUGGAUUCUACUUCUUAUUGUCGCCUACUUAAUUUAUAAAUGGGGAACCAACACUUUUGACUACUUUGAAAAAAGAGGGAUUCCUUACAACAAACCAUUGUUCCUUGUUGGUUCGAGGUUGAGUGUAAUUUUAAAAAAUUGUGAUAUUAUAGAGAACGUUCAGCAACUUUACAAAGAGUUUAGGAAUGACAAAAUCUCGGGAAUGUUUGAGUAUAAGCAUCCAGUGUAUUUUAUUCGUGAUCCGGAGAUCAUCAAAAAAUUGACUAUUAAAGAAUUCGAACACUUUACUGAUCAUCGUCUUGUGAUAGAUGAAAAUGUUGAACCAUUAUUUGCUAAAGGUUUAUUUGGGCUUACUGGACAGAAAUGGAAAGACAUGCGAGCAACCUUAUCACCGGCAUUCACAGGUAGUAAAAUGCGCUUAAUGUUCAACCUAAUGAACCAAGUAGGGUCUCAGAUGACAUCAACAAUCAGAGACCAAAUAAAUGAAGGAAUCAGCAAUGAAGUUGAGUUUAAAGAUUUUGCUAAGAAAUUUACUCUUGACAUUAUCGCCACAUGUGCAUUUGGAAUUGAAGUCAACUCCUUUAAACACCCAGAUAAUGACUUUUUUAAAAUUGGUGGAAAAGCUACAAAUUUUGCCAAUAUACCAAUUUAUAAAUUAGUUCUAUUCUUCUUACUUCCGGAUUUGAUGGCAAAACUAAGAAUCAAACUACUAGACAAUGAUUUAUAUGAAUUUUUGGAUGUAACUAUGACAGAUACAUUCAGUGAACGAGAGAAAAGGGGUAUAGUCCGCAACGAUAUCAUAGAUCUGCUACUUCAAGCUAAGAAAGGAAAUUUAACUCACGAUGAGGAUCAGGAAAUUUCAAAUGAAUCUUUUGCCGCUGUUGAAGAAUCUGACAUUGGAAAACACAAAGUUAAAAGAAAUUGGACAGAUGAGGAAUUACUGGCUCAAUGUUUUGGUUUCUUCUUUGCAGGAUUCGAGACUGUUUCUACGGUAAUGACUUUAUUAGCCUAUGAAUUGCUUCUGAAUCCCGAAGUUCAGACUAAGUUGCAACAUGAAAUUGAUAAAGUGGCUCAAUCAUUGAAUGGUAAGGAAUUGACCUAUGAGCGUGUUCAAAGUAUGAAGUACAUGGACAUGGUUGUGUCAGAAACGUUAAGGAAGUGGCCACCCGCACCUCUUGUUGACAGAAAAUGCACAAAACCUUUCACUUUGGAAUAUGAUGACGGUAAAAAGCUAGAUUUUGAAAUCGGAAGGAACUUUUAUUUUCCAAUUUAUGCUAUUCAUCAUGAUCCUGUCUACUACCCAAAUCCAGAAAAAUUCAACCCUGAAAGAUUCAGCGAUGAAAAUAAAGAUAAACUUUCUAAUGUUCUCUACUCUCCUUUUGGUAUAGGACCAAGAAGCUGCAUUGGAAGUAGAUUUGCAAUUUUGGAGGUAAAAACAAUUUUCUACUAUUUAUUGCUGAACUUUAACUUUGAAGCAACAAGCAAAACGAAGGUUCCAUUGAAGUUUGUCAAAGUUCCUACAAUAUUUGUGAUAGACGGUGGAUUGGAUGUAAAAUUGGUGCCAAGAACUUCAUGA